AUGGAUGGUGACGUGGAUUUUGAUGGACACUUAAAUUGUGGUUAUGGAGAUUUCAAUGGCUUUUUUGGAGAUUUCAGAAGGAAUCUCAAUAGAGGUGAUGCAUGCUUCAAUGCCAUUUUCAAUUUUGGUGAUGGUGAUUUGAAUGUGGGUUUCAAUGAAAUUGAUUGGGAUUUUAGUUUUGAUUUCAAUGGUGGUCUUGGAUCGGUUUCAAUAGUGGAGAUUGUCAUUUCCUUUUUGACUAUCGUGGUGGAAGAAUGUGAAUGUUGA